AUGAUAUUCCUGACCAUUAUUAUGCAUAUUUUAAUAAUGAAAGGGGUUUUUUGCGAUUGUUUUGGUCCAUUUCGGCUUCGAAAAGACAACCUUGAUGGUCCUCUUGACCAAAAUACCUUGAAUCGUUGUCUAGAAUUGGUUCGCGCUCAUGAGGCGAGGCAAAUUAACAAGGUUAAAUUUAUUCGAUUUUUGCUAGAGAUUAUUGCAUCAUUUACUGCAUUCAUAUUAUUCAUUAAAAUUUUUGACUAA